UUGUCUGAAGAACCAAUUGGGGGACAAGAAAACCCUUUAAUAACAAUGAACAACUAAUAAAAAUUCAACUUCCAUUGAUCGCAUCGCAAGUCUCAACUAGCAUUUCCCAGAAAAUUUAAUACACAGUAUCAAUUUCACUGCAAUUCAGAUAACAUUAAUUUUUCUGGGUUAAUACUAACAUUUUGGGAUAUUUUAAAAAAAAAACUAAAAAAACCCAGUUCUUUCCAUAUUUUCUGGAUCUUAUUUUACAAUCUAAGUAUACCUACAAAUUUCUAGAGAUAAUAUUGAACUUCUAUGAAUUGAAUUUGUGCAAUAGAUUGCUGUAAAAAAUGUUAAGAGAAGGAAAAUCUCUUGCAGAAACUCCAACAUGGUCUGUUGCAACAGUUACUUCAAUUAUGAUUUUUGUUUGUUUUCUUGUAGAAAGGUGCAUUUACUGGUUUGGCAAGUGGUUGAAGAAGACUAGGAGGAAGGCUUUGUAUGCUUCAUUAGAGAAGAUUAAAGAAGAACUUAUGCUGUUGGGCCUGAUUUCUUUGUUGUUAGGACAGUUUGCUAGAUGGAUUUCUGAGAUAUGUGUAGAUUCGUCUCUUUUCAACAGUCGAUUUUAUGCUUGUUCCGAGGAAGAUUACACUUCCCAUGAGAAAUUUUUUAUUAGAGAAUCAUUUCCCUCAUCAAAUGAGACUGAUAUACCUCCAAAGGGAUUGUUCAAUUCCGUUUCUCAUCGAUGUCCUGAAGGUCGCGAACCUUUUGUGUCUUAUGAAGGUCUUGAGCAGCUUCACCGGUUCUUAUUUGUGCUCGGUAUUACCCAUGUUCUAUAUAGUUGUGUUGCUGUUGGUUUGGCUAUGAUAAAGAUAUACAGUUGGAGAAAAUGGGAAGCCCAGGCAAUUUUGCAAGCAAAGAGGAACAAGGUGAUGAGGCGACAAACCACCUUUGCUUUCCAUCAUGCAUCACAUCCUUGGAGCAGAAACCGGGUUCUAAUUUGGAUGCUAUGUUUUCUUCGACAAUUCAAGAGUUCUAUACGGAAAUCAGAUUAUAUGGCACUGCGUUUGGGUUUUAUAACUAAUCAUAGACUACCACAACUCUAUGACUUUCACAAAUACAUGGUUAGGAGCAUGGAAGAUGAAUUUCACACAAUAGUGGGAAUCAGUUGGCCAUUAUGGGGUUAUGCAAUACUAUGCAUCCUGCUCAAUGUUCACGGACUGAACAUUUACUUUUGGCUUUCAUUCAUCCCUGUAAUUCUUGUCAUGCUGGUUGGUACAAAACUUGAGCAUGUCGUUUCCCUUUUGGCACUAGAAAUUGCAGCACCAACGUGUCCAUCUACCAGGACUCAAGUGAAGCCACGUGAUGAGCUAUUUUGGUUUGGGAAGCCAGAAAUGAUAUUAUGGUUGAUUCAGUUCAUUUCAUUUCAGAAUGCUUUUGAAAUGGCAACUUUUCUCUGGUCCUUGUGGGGAUUUGAGCAGCGGUCUUGUUUUAUGAAGAACCAUGCUAUGGUAAUCAUCCGUUUGGUUUCUGGCGUUCUCAUUCAAAUCUGGUGCAGCUACAGUACUGUCCCUCUUAGUGUCAUUAUAACACAGAUGGGAUCUAAGUGCAAGAAAGCCUUGGUUGCUGAAAGUGUGAGAGAUUCCUUGCACAACUGGUGUAAGAGAGUUAAGGAGAAGUCAAGACGUUCACUAGCAGCAAGGUCAGUUUGCUCCCUUGACGACAUAGAUGAAGUAACGACAGUUGCAUCCCUCACGCUAUCACGAAGCUCUUCUGUUGCUUCUUUAAAUGAGGUCAAAAUAACAGAGGCAGAGCAUCCAAAUGAAGCAGGACUGCAAAAUUCCGUUGUUGUUCCUGACGAGCUUUCAUUCCGUAUGUCAGAGUAUAUUUCUCAGUCAGCUGAAAAUACGUUUCUAGAUACACCUGAUCAUGAGCCCUUAAGUAAUGAUGAUGAAGGAAAGGCUGAGACCCUUGCAGAUUUGCUACAGAAAACCUGAAUUUUAGAGGUUGUGGUUCUUCUAAUGCUUGUUACAUUUAGUUUUGUAAUUCUUUUAAUUGUUAGAGUAGCACAUAAUUUAUAUAACCAAGCUCAAAUGUAUUAACCACCACGUUGAAAAUUUAUAACUAUCUUUUUUUUCUUUUCUUUUUUUUUAAAAAAAAAAUAAUAUUGAUACAACUACCAACCAACUUUAGUUGCAUUUGGAGAAUUGCAAAAUAAGUUGUUAA